ACUUGGACGUGGCGUGGCCGAGUUUGAGAAGUUGUACAGUAAAUCUCCCCCUUUCCCCACCCCACGGGGAAUAAGCCGCUCAUCCCACGGGGAAUCUGACUGAUCCACGAAGGAUUGAACCAGGGAGAGCCCGACGCUGCCAGAUGGGCUUACAGCCAAACAUGGCGUUAUAAAAUGGGCGGACGGACUACAGGGGAUUGAGACUGAAAUUAAAACGGCAUAUAAUGUCGUUAGUUUAAGAAAUUAAACUGGUCAGAUGUAAACAACACAAUUAUGAAGUCUAGGGUAAGGUUCACCUUGUUUAAAAUCGGACUUGGGGGCAUUUCAAAUGUCGACGACGGAAUGGCCUGUACAACAACACAUUGACAUUCAGGACAAGUGCCACUAUCAACGUUGAUGGUCACAGAAUCAUGCCGUUAUAAAACUCGUGCUGUAUACACGUGUAGCUGAAGGGCUCGUUGAACCACGCGAUAGUGGGUUCAUUCAGAAAUCCGGUCUAUUAUCAAAGCCGUGACUACUCCGAACCUACAAGAUACCCCAGAGCAGGGUUCGCCGAGGUUUUGAAUCCAGGGAAGGCAGGGCUACCUUUCCAAGGCACAUCUACCCUGCAGCCACAACUGUCAAGUUGGCAAGAUGAGAAACUGCGCUAAAAAUGAAGAAAAUUAAGCUAAAUAUAGGAAUACCACAAUUUACUAAAGGAUCAGACGCACGUGACAAAUGUGUAUGCUAACUAGUUCCCCGAGAGACAGCUGUUCUUAAAGACGUUUUCGGUAGGUACGAUUCGAAUACGGAGUCAUUGCGUUUCUUCAGUGGACGUCCAGCUGUAGUGUAGUCGAGCCUGGGAUGCUGCACGUUAAUGGUAUUCCCUUAUUAAUUUAAACAUCUCACUUGGUUGACUACCGAGUUCGACAGGGAAGUUUUUGUUUAAAGAGGGUGGACACUAAAAUACAAAGACGAUCUACCCCAAGACAACUUGCGCAUCCGUGGACACUUGUAAGUGAAAGUUUUCCGCUUAAUACAAUUGUACAACUGAUUGUAUCCGGCAAUGUACAACGGUGGCUGAGAAUACUGGGAAAGAAGACCCCACACUUCUGUUAUCGUGUUCCACAACAGUGUUGCUCAGCUGGAUCACUGGACACCGAGCUGUAGGAUUGUGUCGGGCCUACCACACAAUCCCUGCACAGUUUAAGUGACCGAACUGUUUUAGCAUCUGCGGGUCCCAAAGGCGCUAAGCUUCCUGAACAGAGAACUCCGCUCGACAACAAUUACAGGUUGGCUGUAGACGAAGGGUGGCAGUAGUCGCCGGCAGGGCGAAGAUAUUCAACUGUACAAGACUACGCCCGACUGCCGAUUACGCUGAAUGGAGACUGUUCACAAGAAUCCAUUCUGUGUGGACAUAUUCGAUCUGUAUUAAGGCUAUUUUUGGCGGCAUCAUAUAAAUGUGUUUGCACCGGAUUUAACACAGCGCUACCCAACACAGUACCACACUUCCAUAAGAUUCCCCCAAACAACGCCACUGUGAAUAUUCUGCAGCAAAGGAUAUCAUCGUCAACAUCGUUUGUGCAGAGGUUUAAGUAACAGCUCACGGCGUGUUGUGGCCCACUUUACCAAUGUGUGUUCAAUACUCGGAAAUGGAGCCGGCGAUUUAGGCAGCACCUUUCCUGGAACUAAAACUUGAAAGUUUCUUGUAAUUAACCCGACUUGACGUCGCUUGCAAGAUGAGACUUUUAAUUGGGUAAGCUGGCAGCAGUCUGUGAUUUACCCACUGGAUGGACAAACGUUAUAAAGACAGUCUUUCUGAGUUCCUCACGAUCCAAAGAAGAAGCGAGCUGAGCGACUUUGAUGUCAUUGAUGGUUAUUUCUAUAUGGAUCAAUGACGACAGACCGAGGAGACCCAAGGCGACCUGCAGAAUGCCAUCGCCCUAUUAUCUGUUGGCUCCUUGAUCACAAGUACAGGAUUAGAUGUCAACAUCGCCUGGAAAUACCAAAAGGUCUAGGGGAAACUCAAUAUCUACUUUCUGUGAUUACGAGGCUCUCGCACUUCAUUAAACCGGAAGUUAUAGCCUCCCCUGGAUUGUGUGAACUAUCUUGGGAUUAGGAAAUUCCCUUUUCCGGUCACAGAUUCAUGAAUUGUUUAUAGUUUAUUGUCAGUAAUGUGAUUUAUUUGAUGUAUGAAAACUUCGCACGAAGAGGAUCAGAUAGAAUAGUAUUGUGCGUGACCCAUAUAACUCGCUGAGCUGUGUGCCUGAUUGAACCCCACUGAGAUGAAUAUGGCCAUCUUCCUACCAUCCUCUAUUUUAUGCAGUUCAGUUCUUCUUUUCGUCUUGACACUCCCAAACUCUGUUACCAUGACAGCGACAAUGGAUGACCCAGCUAGCAAGCAGCGGUUUAGGCUGGUCAUGGCCAAUAUCACCUGCCAGAAGCGGAUUGCCAACACGAGCGUCCCUUCAACAGGCAUCCACUGCAACAUGACGUUUGACAAAAUCAUGUGCUGGCCUUACACACCUGCAGGAACUGUUGCUAGGCAACCUUGUGCUGACUACGUCAAUAACUUCAUCACCACGGCAUUCGCCACCCGGCGUUGCAUGGAGGACGGGUCCUGGUGGUUCAACCCGAAGGAGAACAAGACGUGGAGCAACUACACCGCCUGUGUGCCUGGACCGCUCAAACAAGUGGAUCCACUCAUCAAGGAACACAUUGAGAUAGUGAUGCUGAUCUCCCGCCUCGGCUACAGCAUAUCCCUGGCGAUACUCCUCCUCGCAAUUGUGCUGAUGCUUAUCUUCAGGAGACUACACUGUCAGCGCAACAUCUUGCACGUCAAUCUCUUCGUCUCAUUUGCCCUGCGCGCCAUGCUGUGUCUGUUGAAAGAGACGGUGCAGGGAACGGGAACAGACGUGGAGUCGCGCCACGCGGGGACGUUGCCCACGGUGAAGGAGACGCACUGGGAAUGCAAGCUGCUGUUCACUCUCCUACACUAUGCCCUAGGGGCCAACUACAUGUGGAUCUUCGUGGAGGGCCUCUACCUCCACACACUCAUCAUUCUAGCCGUCUUCUCACACAAGCGGGUCUUCAAGUGGUACAUCCUUCUCGGUUGGCUGACGCCCCUGCUGUUCGUCAUCCCGUGGGUUAUCGUCAGAAUCUACCUGGGUGACACUCUAUGCUGGAACACCCACGAAGGCGGCUACUACUGGAUACUUAAGGCGCCGAUAAUAGCAUCAAUAUUCGUGAAUUUCUUCUUCUUCAUCAACAUCAUCCGGGUCCUGUUCACAAAGCUGAUGGCCAACAACGCCCGCGACCCCCGCCGCUACAGGAAACUGGCCAAGUCGACGCUGGUACUGAUCCCCCUGUUCGGCGUCCACUACAUCAUCUUCAUCAUCAUACCCGACGAAGUCGCGCCGCAGCUCAAACUUAUCAAGUUCUACACAGAGACCAUCUUUAAUUCCUUUCAGGGAGUCAUCGUUGCCUUUUUGUUCUGUUUUCUAAAUGGAGAGGUCCGAGCGGAGAUAAAGAAGAAAUGGGUACGGCAUCGACUGCGCAAUGACAACAGCUUGUGCAGCGGUCGGUCGUCAAGAGCAUAUUCCUCUGCGUCCUUCUUUACCCGAUAUCGUGGUUCAUUGACACAGAACAUUGCUAUGUCCGACAUUUGCCAGUCGGUCACCUCCAUCAACAACGCCAACGGUGACGUCACGCAGGACAAUGACGAUACGACAAUCCAAAAUGGGACGACGAACCCUGGCGGAGAAAAGCAAUGUUCACUUGAUGGAAAUGACGUUGCUAAUUUGUCAGGUAUUCCGGAAGAAUUGGAGGAGAAUACACCUAUGUUAUUUCAAAAUGGCGUCUCGUGAAUACAGCGCGUGACCUUGACCUACGUUGAUAGCGAGCUGCGAUAAGGAAAAAAGAAAUUUGACAGCAUCUUUGCAAUAAGACAAGACAGAAAUGUCUACUUUUUUUCAAGGAUAUACAGAAAGUACAGAUUGGAAUUUAAACCGACACACAAUUAUUAAUAUUGAAAAAUGUGCCCGAAUAAGAUAUGCCACAAAUCUUAUAAUAGAGCCCCAGAGACACUUCCGACUAUUUACAUGUUGUACAUGAGUAGAUGCUGAUAGCAGUGUAUAUAUAGAUACCCCUAUCAAACGUUGAAUCGUAUUCUUAUCCAGGGUACAUAGUAUUCUGUUGCAGAAUUGUAGGGUUGCACGUCGUGUAAAAUGGUCCCCGUGUCUAAACCGGAAGUGUACAGAUGUUUAACGUCUUCGUAUCCAUGGACUUCCGGUGACGGUGAUUGCGGCUACUUCAUCCACCGUUGUCCCAUGUACGGGAUCGUACACAGGAUGUCACUCUUUGCUCAGUAUGUAGUUGAUUCAGGGGUGAUGCGUACAUGAUGUGAGGUUACAUUAAUGUCACAUGCCUGCUUUUAAAAUGGCGACCGUGUCACCUGACUAUGUAUAUGUUCCACCCUGACUUUACAUGAUGCUUUACAGAUGCCAUAUAGCAGGACAUAUACCCCGAAAUGUUUUCAUUAUUUCCUAGUUUGACGUGUGGUUUGUGUUUAUUCAUUGUGAAAUGUGUAUCAUGAGUGUACUACGUGGAAUGUGUUCGCCAUGGGUCAAGAGGUGGUGGACAGAACUUAAGUGAAAUUCUCUCAAAAGUAAUUAUAUAAACUAAAUUAGUUUUAUUAACUUGUUUCCUGCAUAGAAAUAUGUAAUAUUUUUACAAGAGAUAGGAAAAACUCCUCAAACUACGGCUCACUAAAUUAACAUACUUUGAUAUUCCAAUAAAUCGGGGUUUUUUUCAUUUCCCGGUAGCUCCACCAACGUUUGUCUUUGUAUUGAAACGUAUCUGAUUAUUUGCAAGCUAUUUUCAUACAUAAGUAUCACUGAUACACUAACAUAGUAAUUUUACUUUUCUGAGUAUGG